UUUAAUAUUAUUUAUGAUAAUAAAUGUAUUUGGCGAAGAAUUAACAAGUGUAAAAAAUUUACAAGAUGAUAAUAAUUUAGAAAAAUUAAUAUUAAAUUCGGUGCAUAGAACACGAAGUUUACCAGAAAUAAUAACAAAUAAUACAAGUGAUGAUUGGAAUACAAUUAGCGAAUUAUUAGAUGUUUAUAGUACAAGAAAUUUGGCAAAUAAUUGGAAAGAAGAUGAAUAUCCAAUUAGUAAUUAUUGUGAAAAAGAUAUUACAAGAUAUAUCAAAGGACUCAAGGAAAAUCAAAUUUGGGCAUUAAAAGCUGAUGAUGCAUCUGGUAGAUAUACAAAUGGUUUUUUUUGGGGCAAUUCAUUUUUUACUGGAUCAGCAACAGAGUGUGCCUACAUUGGUUAUGAUUAUUCAAAAAAAAAUGAUCACAAACAUGUACCAAAUGCUGAAGUUGGAGAAUUUAAUAGUGAGCUAAAAGUUAAUAUUAACAGUGGUCCAUCAGGAAGUCAAACUUAUCUACUUCCUGUUCAUGACACACCACCUUAUAAACUUGGAUUUUUCAUGAUGAGAAUAGCUAUCAAUGGAAGCACAAUUUCGCCAGUUACAAGAUCAAUACAGCUUGGAGUUUGUCUUCCUUUUUCAUGUACAGCUGAUGAUGUUGCAAUUAUUGGAAAAUUAGCAGCUAGUAAUGUUGCUAGAAAACAUUCAUUCAUCGAAAAAGUUCGUGAUCAUCAUCAGUAUUAUGACAUCUAUGAAGAUCCUGUUUUUUGGACACUUGUUGGAUCAAGUUUAUUUGCAAUGUUUAUGAUGAUCAUUGGAACUUCAUACGACUAUUGGCUAUCAGCAAAAUCAUCAACAAAAAAAAUUCAUAUUAUUUAUGAUGUUGAAAAACCUGGUAAACUGGAACAAAUUGGUACAUUUGCACAGCAUAAAUUACCAAACGUAUAUUUAACACCAGUUAACAACAACAAUGAAAAUGAAAUAAAUAUUCCUCAGUGUCCAGUUGUUCAAUCUGCAACCAAUAUUGAACAAGUUAUAAAUUUAAAUGUAUGUGAAGAAAUUUUAUUGUCAUUUUCAAUACGUGAAAAUAUGAAAACAAUUUGUGAUUCAUCAGUUGGACGUGAUACAAUAAGUACAAUUCAUGGUUUACGAGCAUUAUCAAUGGCUUGGGUUAUUCUUGGUCAUACAUGUAUUGUUAUGUUUAAAUAUUCAGACAAUAUGGAAUAUCGUAAAGUUGUAGAAAAAAAAUUAAUGUUUCAAACAAUAACAAAUGGUGCAUUUAGUGUUGAUACAUUUUUUUUUAUGGGUGGUUUACUUGUAUCAUAUUUAUUUUUUCGUACAAAUGCUAUGGGUGAUUUAAAUAAAUUAACCCAAGGAACACGUGGUUUUGUUGCUGGUUUUUUAAAAUUCAUGGGUUUACUUAUUUAUAGAUUUUGUAGAUUAACAACACCAUAUAUGUUUGUUCUUGGUGUUGUUAAUGUUACUAUGAAAUGGUUUCAUUAUAAUUCAGUAUUUGAACCACCAACAUCUGAUCAUAUUAAUUGUCCAAAUUAUUGGUGGAGAAAUUUAUUAUACAUCAAUACACUAUUUCCAGUUGAACAAAUGUGUAUGUUGUGGAGUUGGUACUUGGCUGAUGAUACACAAUUUUAUAUUAUUGGAGCAGUUAUAUUAGUUGUUGCAACGAAUCAUUUUAAAAUAGCAGCAUUUACAGUUGUUACUUUGUUGAUAAGUUCAUGGAUAACAACUGGUUACAUUGCACUGAUAAAUAAUCACAUGCCAAGUUCAGAUGAUCCACUUGCAUUAUUUGAUAAAAUUUAUGAUAAACCAUGGACAAGACUUGGACCGUAUUUUAUUGGAAUGUCUGUUGGUUAUUUUCUUUUUAAAACUGACUGUAAAGUUAUAAUGUCAAAGGCUACAGUUUGCAUUGGCUGGUUAUUUUCUAUAAGUUGUUUAUUGAGCUUGCUAUAUGGUCUUUAUGAAGCUGAACUUUCACCAAUAACUGCUGCAUCUUAUUCAUCAUUGAGUCACAGUGCAUGGGCACUUGCACUUGCUUGGAUUGUCAUUGCUUGUAGCACUGGAUAUGGAGGAUGGGUCAAUAAAAUUUUGUCAGCUCCAAUUUUAUAUCCAUUUAGCAGAGUAACAUACUGUGCUUAUCUUGUACAUCCACUUAUUAUUCGACUGACUGCUAUGAAUAUGGAUUCACCAUUUCAUUUAGGAAAAGACAUUGUUAUGAUUGUUUUUAUUGGACAAGUUGUACUUUCUUAUGUAAUAUCAUUUAUUGUUUCAUUGGCAUUUGAAGCGCCAGUUGUAUCAAUGCUCAAAAUUGUUUCACCCAAGAAAAAAAAACGUAUACAUUAA